UGACUGAUUUGUUUUGACGAUAGCUGAGCUGACCGAUUACAUUGAAUUGAGAUUAUAUUAAAUUGAAAAUAGAACGCAUUGAAAAUAGAGUUGCACUAGUAAGUGGAACAGGUGAAAUGUCUUUGGAUUUGUUCAUGUCUGUGGGGUUGAGUGAGCAGAGGGCGAAGGAGACACUGAAGAACAAGCAGCUAAGUGACAGACUAAACGGCAUCAUCCUCACUGCUUCCAAACUAACUCCCCACUCCAGCCCUCACUCUAUAGACAAGUCGCAGGGUCAGCUGUUGUACCACUGUGCCACUAAGCUGAAGGAUGCUCGCAGUGUGGACCAGGUGCUGCCAUACAUCAUGAACAGGAAAGUGAGUAGUGAGAUGCAGGUCAAUGCUGUGCAGCAGUACUUCAUGGAUAAUCCAGUUGGAGACGUCAAUAUUUCGGAGUUUGAGGAGUUGUGUGGAAUUGGAGUAGAUGUGACGAAAGAUGACAUCGUUGGUGCGGUCAAGGCUGUGAUAGAGGAACACAGAUCCAAACUUAUUGAGGAGAGGUACCAGUACCCGAUCGGUCAGCUCAUUUCGGAUGUGAAGACGAAGCAGCCGAACAUGAAGUGGGCGGACGGGAAGGUGGUGAAGCAGACAGUAGAUGCAUGCAUUGAGCACCUGCUCGGGCCCAAGACAGAGCAGGAUUCGAACAAGAAGAAGAGGCAGCCUACAGUCGCGUACUCCCAGGCACCGUCGAAGCCAGCAACUGUGACGAUUGAGAGAAAUGGGAGUGUAAAUGGCACCAUGGAGGAGGACAAUGACUCAUUCAGGUUUGAUCAGUCGGAGGAGAAGGCGGACAUGUUCAAGGGUCUGAAGUUACACGGGGUGGGAGAGAACCACACUACGGAGGGAUACCUUGUCACUGAUGAAAACAUGAAGAGACUAGAAGCACAUAAGGAGAGGGCGAAUGGAGUGGUUCAUACGAGGUUUCCACCGGAACCAAACGGCAUUCUACACAUCGGACAUGCAAAGGCCAUCAACAUCAACUUUGGGUUUGCCAAGGCACACGGAGGUCACUGCAAUCUGAGGUAUGACGACACGAACCCGGAGAAGGAGGAGGAGCGAUACUUCACUGGUAUUCUGGACAUGGUGCGCUGGCUGGGAUACGAGCCACACAGGAUCACCCACAGCAGCGACUUCUUCGACACCCUCUACCAACAUGCAGUCACUCUCAUCAAGAAGGGACUGGCCUACGUCUGUCACCAGCAGUUCGACGAUAUCAACUUCAAAGCCAAGGAUGUUUGCAUGUCUCCAUGGCGAGACAGACCCAUGGUGGAGUCCCUACAGUUGUUCGAAGAUAUGCGUGCGGGGCUGUUCGACGAGGGAGAGGCUACUCUGAGGGCGAAGUACAUCAUGGAGGACGGCAAAGUGGACCCAGUGCUGUACAGAAUCAAAUUCUGCGAACACCACAGAUCGAAGGACAAGUGGUGCAUUUAUCCAACCUACGACUUCACCCACCCUCUCUGUGACUCCAUUGAGGACAUCACCCACUCUCUUUGCACUAAGGAGUUCCAGAGCCAUCGUUCCAUGUACUACUGGCUAUGUGAUGCAGUGGACGUCUACUGUCCAGUUCAGUGGGAGUACGGAAGACUCAACAUGAACUACAGUGUCGUGUCCAAGAGAAAAAUCCUCAAGCUGAUUGAGACUGGGCAUGUGAAGGACUGGGAUGACCCUCGGCUGUUUACCUUGCCUGCUCUCAGGAGGAAGGGGUACCCACACACUGCAGUCAACGACUUCGUCCAUAGACUCGGUGUGACUAUGGCCCAGGUAACUAUCGACCCAGAGAUGCUUGAGUUCUGUGUGCGGACGGACCUCAACCGAAAUGCCCGGAGAGUGAUGGCAAUCUCAUCCCCUCUGAGGGUCCUCAUAUCCAAUUUCGAAGCCAGCAAUUUAUCAACCAACAUCACUAUUCCAGAUUUCCCAGAAAGUCCCGAAAAGGGUUCGCGGACGGUGACUUUGACGAAAGAGAUUUUCAUUGAUGCUUCUGAUUUUUUGGAGAAAGCGGAUAAAAAUUUCAAACGGCUCACGCUAAGCCAGCCUGUUGGACUGAAAUACGCCGAUCAAGUGUUAUCUGCCGUCAAGGUUGAGUUUGACAAAGAAGGAGAUAUAUCUUACAUCGUAGGAGAAAUCAGUCCAAGGAGUGACUCCAGCAAACCAAAAGGCUACAUACAGUGGGUGUCGUGUGACUACAGCCUACCGUGUACAUUUCGUCUCUACGACAGACUCUUUUUGCACAAGUGCCCAGAGGACAAAGCAGAGGUGCCAGGAGGGUUCUUGUCAGACAUAAACCCACACUCGCUCACCCAAUUAAAAGGAGCUAGAGUGGACUGCAGAGCGAAAGACGCUCAGCAGUUCGACAAAUUCCAGUUUGAAAGGAUCGGAUACUUCUCAGUUGAUCCUGACUCCUCUGUGGAAAAUGGAUUGAUUUUCAACAGAACUGUCACUUUGAAAGAGGACUCGUCCAAAACUUUUUGAUUUGUACUGAAAUAAAAUGAACUUAAUAAGCUGAAUUUGUUAGCUAUUCUUGUAAAUAACAUUGAUGAAGGUUGCUUAAAAACUGAAUGGAAUGAAUACUAUUUAAGGAUAAAGGCUAAAAUUAUUUUCAUAUAUAUUGCGAGGUUUGAAGCAGGAGUCUUUCAAUCGCGUAA